GGGCCUGCAGGCCUGGACCCAAGAGGGUCUGCCUGGGGGCGGGACCCCAGCAGAACACUCUGGCAAGGAAUGUGACAGCCCCGAGAAAAGAGUGAGGUCACAGUCAGUUCCCAUGUCCUUCGAUGAGAUCAGCUUCCUGGAAAUCUCUCCAGCGUUGGAUGUGCCCACUCCAGCUGUCCAAGGCCUGGAGCCGCCUGUGCUGGAGUGCGUGGAAAAGGACCACGUGGAGCCGGAUCAUGUGCUGAUCGUCCAGCAGGUGCUUCAAGAACUUCGACAGUAUCAUGGGGCCCGGCAGAGGGCUCGCCUGUCUGUCAGCCCAGGAGGAGCCCCGUCGAGCCUCACCUGGUUUGAGUUCCUGUCCGAGAGUGAAGAUGGAGCCUGCAAGAUCGAGAGAAGUAAGAGGAGCACGCAGGUGAAGCGCAGACUGAGCUCCCUCCGCAGUCGAGUCACCAGGCAGAAGGAGAAGGGGAAGAGCCCAGUGCCUCCAAAGGACAAGGGCCAGGAUGCUCGAGAGAGGAAGGAAUGUGUCAAUGGGCACCAGCUGGCACAUGGAACCUUCUCUGGCCAAUCCAGCUGCCCCCUGUGCGGCAAGCCCUUUCUGAGCUCUGCGUCCCUGAAAGAGCACCCGAGGGCCACCCUCUUGUCUGAUGGCAGCCCGGCCCCGUCCAGGAAUGUCGGCAUGACGGUCUCGCAGAAGGGGAGUCCACAGCCAGCACCCAGCCUGGCGGGAACGGGGACACGACUUGGACCAGUCACAGGAGAGAUGGAUGAAGCUGACUCUGGAUAUUUGAAAUUCAAGCAGGCAGCUGAUGACUCUCUCUCACUUGCAUCUUCGAAUGCCGAGUCCGUUUUUAUAGAAGACCCCUACACUGCCUCACUGAGGAAUGAGAUUGAGUCAGACGCCCACGAGUUUGAGGCGGAGUCCUGGAGCCUCGCCGUGGACCCGGCGUACGCAAAGAAACAAAAGAAGGAGGUGGUGAAAAGGCAGGAUGUGCUUUACGAGCUGAUGCAGACGGAGGUGCACCACGUGCGGACGCUCAAGAUCAUGCUCAGGGUCUACUCCAGGUUCCUGCAGGAGGAGCUGCAGUUCAGCAGCAAGGCCAUCAGCCGCCUCUUCCCGUGCGCCGAUGACCUGCUCGAGAUGCACGGCCACUUCCUGUGUCGGCUCAAGGAGCGCCGCCGGGAGGCCCUGGAGGAGGGCAGCGAGCAGAAUUACAUCAUCCAGAAAAUCGGGGACCUCCUGGUGCAGCAGUUUUCAGGUGAAAAUGGGGAGAGAAUGAAAGAAAAAUAUGGUGUCUUUUGUAGCGGCCACAAUGAAGCAGUCAGUCAUUACAAGUUGCUGCUGCAGCAAAACAAGAAAUUUCAAAACUUGAUCAAGAAAAUUGGGAACUUUGCCAUCGUGAGGCGGCUUGGCGUGCAGGAGUGUAUUCUUCUGGUGACUCAGCGCAUCACCAAGUACCCCGUGCUGGUGGAGCGCAUCAUUCAGAACACAGAAGCUGGCAGCGAGGACUAUGAAGACCUGACUCAGGCCCUGAACCUCAUCAAAGACAUCAUCUCACAAGUGGACGCCAAGGUCAGCGAGUGCGAGAAAGGCCAGCGCCUCAAGGAGAUCGCAGGGAAGAUGGACGUGAAGUCCUCCAGCAAGCUCAAGAACGGGCUGACCUUCCGCAAGGAGGACAUGCUGCGGCGGCAGCUCCAUCUGGAGGGCACGCUGUGCUGGAAGACCACGUCGGGGCGCUUGAAAGAUGUCCUUGCCGUCCUAUUGACUGAUGUGCUUCUGCUGCUACAAGAGAAGGAUCAGAAAUACGUCUUUGCAUCUGUGGACUCGAAGCUCCCUGUCAUCUCGUUACAAAAGCUCAUUGUGAGGGAGGUGGCCAAUGAGGAGAAAGCCAUGUUUCUGAUCAGCGCCUCACUGCAAGGGCCGGAGAUGUACGAGAUGUACACCAGCUCCAAAGAGGAGAGGAACGCCUGGAUGGCCCACAUCCGAAGGGCUGUGGAGAGCUGUCCGGACGAGGAGGAGGGGCCCUUCAGCGAGGCCGAAGAGGAGAGGAGGGUGGUCGAGGCCCGUGCCAUGAGGCUGAGGGAUUUCCAAGUCGAGGACAUCCAGAGCCUCAUCUGCAGGCGGCUGGGCAGUGCCAGCGGCCAGGCGGAAGACGGGGGCGGCUCCACACCCCUGCCCCGGAGGGCAGAGACCUUUGGGGGCUACGACAGCACGAGCAGCCUCGGCAGGAGUGGCAGUUUUAAGAAGAAGGUCGGCAGCAAUGACCCCAGCCCCCGAGACUGGCAAGGCACCGCAAGCAACCCAGACUUCACCCCAGGGGCCUCUGAGGAAGCCCCGCAGGUGGUGGAGGCCCUGGGCACAGAGUCUGGCCGCCGGCCGCCCACCAUCCUGGAGUCAGAGCUCAUCCAGCGGAUCCAGACGCUGUCCCAGCUGCUGCUCAGCCUCCAGGCGGUCAUCGCGCAGCAGGACAGCUACGUGGAGACGCAGAGGGCGGCCAUCCAGGAGCGCGAGAAGCAGUUCCGGCUGCAGUCGACGCGCGGGAACCUGCUGCUGGAGCAGGAGCGGCAGCGCAACUUCGAGAAGCAGCGGGAGGAGCUGGCGGGCGUGCAGAAGCUGCAGGGCCAGCUGCGGCUGGAGCAGCAGCGCUGGGAGCGCCAGCGGGAGCGCCAGCGGCAGGAGCUGGACCUGGCCUCGGCCCGGCUGCAGCAGCGCGAGAGCGAGGCGCUGCGGCUGCAGGAGCGCCUGAGCCAGGAGCGCGCCGAGCUGGAGCGGCAGCGGCAGGCCUACCAGCAGGACCUGGAGCGGCUGCGCGAGGCCCAGCGUGCCGUGGAGCGCGAGCGCGAGCGGCUGGAGCAGCUGCGGAGGCUCAAGAAGCAGAACACGGUGCCCGGGACCCUGCCGCCCGACGCGCUGCCGGAGGCCCAGCCCCUAAGCCACGCCCCCAGCUUCAACGGGGAAGGGCUGGAAGGGCCAGCAGGCCUGGCCAAGGCGCCGGGGCCCUGGGGGAGCGUGCUGCCUGAGUACGCCGAGCGCCCCGAGGGGGCCCGCCGGGACAGCGCCCCGACUGAGAGCCGCCCGGCCAAGAGCGACGUGCCCAUCCAGCUGCUCAGCGCCACCAACCAGAUCCAGAGGCAGACGGCCGUGCAGCAGCAGAUCCCCACCAAGCUGGCGGCCUCCACCAGGGGCAGCAAGGACAAGGGCGGCAAGAGCAGGGUCUCCCAGCGCUCCGAGAGCUCCGCCUCGUUCGACCUGAAGCAGCAGCCGCUUCUCAACAAGCUCAUGGGCAAGGACGAGAACGCCUCCCGGAGCCGCCGCUCGCUGAGUCCCGUGCUGCCCAGCAGCUACAGCCCCGCGCCCCCCCCAGACCCCGGCUGCCCGGCCCCACCUGAUGCCCCCGCUGACUACUUCUCCUUCAAGGCCGGGGGGGCAUCCGUGCCCCCGUCCCCCUCGCCACUGCCCACCACACCACACAACAUGGAAGAAGCCAGCAAGGAAGACGUCAUCUUCUUCUAGGGGGCUGUGGCUCGAGGUGCAGGCCCCUCCCUGUCCUGCCCACCCCCUCGCUCUCUGGGGAACCGCCCAGCUGUCCCUCGCCCCUUCCUGAGCGAACCACCGCCGCCGACCACCCAGCGGGGGUCGGGGCAGGGCCAGCGCCAGCCUGUCAUCUCCAGGCUCUUUCCAUAGGAUUAGCACUGGUGCCUGGGUACUUCUCUAAACCUCUGUUUUCCUAAAUACAAAAAACGAAAGUUUUUAAUCGAAGGUUGAACCAGAGCUAACCCAAGGAGCUGUUUUAAGUCGUAGCCCCGCAUUGGGGUAGGGGAGAGAUGGACUCCCAGAGGUUUUCCCAAGGUAGUGACAGCCCAUGGUGGUUCCCCAAGAAGCCUGGUGACAGGCCAGGCCUUGGUCUGAGGAGGUGCUGGCUGGCCCCACGGCCACUAGGAGACACUGGAACGUGUCACUAAGGCACCAGAAGGGGCCGGUGGUGUCGGCUCUGUCUGUCGGCAGAAUCAACUUCCAAAGCAGAAACUAAGCAGGUGCAUGUGAACCUUGAGGCCAGAGCGUGAGCUCAGACCAGGGGCGGCCCGCAGCCCGCCUGGGGACAGAGAAGGGCAGGGGGCUAGAGAGGCUGGCCGAUGGCACUCUAGGCGGCUUCUGUAGGUUCAGAAGCGCCUCCUGAAGGGGGCUGACUGUAACUCAUUUUAAUCCACCAUUUUAAAACCUCAGUGCUUUCCCAAGCCAGCGUGGUUCUGUGGGCCGCGAGGGCAGCGGCCGUUCUCCAGGACUCGGCCUGUCGAGAGACCGAAUUGAGAGCUUCAGCCAGGGCCAGCACACCCCGAGGGGCCCGGCCCUGGGCCGAGGGUCCUCAGCCCCCGUGAGUUGGGCCGGUUUCCCAGGGCAGGUGUCCUUCACUGAUGAGCAGGUGCUGGUCUGACAUGAAGCAGAGCCGUGGGGCCACAUGUCCGGGCAGACGAGGGUGAAACGCUGGAGGGACCACACGUGGCCACCACCUCACGGGCACCUCACGUCCAGUGAGCUGUCAUAUCUUAUUGUCGACUUCUGGAGGAGGGCGAAGGCCACUGGUCCAGCCGCGUGGCUGUAGAUGUUGGCAAUGGUGUUGGAUGUCCAGGAACCAUCCAGAGGGGACACUUGCUUCAGAUCCACAUUCCAGCUCUGGCUCAACUCAAGCUGGGGUGCUGGGGUGGGGGAGGGGGGACCUUGCAGCCUUUUGCUGCACCCCAGGCUCCCUGCACUGGGCCCGCAGCCCAGCACCUCCUGAAGCGCUGGCGGGAGGACUGGGUCCUGUGCUGACCAGGAGCGGGGACACUGCAGGGUCGAGGUGACAGAGCCAGUCGGUGACGAGCUGAAGGCAGCCGUCCCGAACCUCUCCCGCGCACAGUAAACGACGCGGCGUCCCCGGCCCCUCCCAGCACCUCUCUUCAACCCGUGCCCACCCCUUGCCUCUGCCCGCGGGGCCUGCAGCCUCUGGGGAGCAAGGAGAAGCCGCCUCCUGGUCCUGUGACGCCCAUCGGAGCUCCCCCGUGCCGCAUCUGUGGUCAGUGUUUCGUGUUUUGUACUGAGUAUCGAGCACUUUAGAAGAGGUGACCUUCAGUUCCCGUCCUGUUGUGACGACGACAUUCCCUGGCCCUCAUGCCGGGUGAUCUCACGGCCGCGCCCCUGCCCACGUGCUCUGGGCUGACCCUCCAUGCCGCCAUGACUCCUCGGACCAGAAAAAGUUCAGGGAGUCCACUCGGCCACGUGGCGGGAAUCGGGCUCCUUGCCACGCAGCCCAGGGGCUGUCUCAGCCGUGCCACGCAGCGGGGCAGCGGGGGCGGUCCAUCUCUCGCCGGUACCCCGAGUCACCCCAGGCAGAGCCCAAUUCUACUUGUAAAGUUGGUGGUCAGCAGAUGUCCUUGUCUCCGUGGGACCUGUGCACGUCUUCGUUAAUCGUGACCGUGAUCUGAGUCCACGCGACAACUAUUUUUACAAUGAUGCAGCGUUUCCUCACUGCGGGACGUUUCGGAACCGCCCUAGAAUUUACGACCCGAUUCUAGCAAUAAAAGUGUCUAAGACGAGCUGA